UUUUUUUUUUUGCACUGGAGGAGGUGCGUGUUUUUGUCGUUGACACCUUUCCGUGACAACACCAUUAAGGUUAAAGAGUCUUAAAGGCAAGAGUGAAGGAUGUUCAAGCUCUGCCUGCUUGUGGUGGCUCUUUUUAGGGCAGAUGCGACUGUCCUCUUUGCCAGACCGGGUGAAAAUGUGAGCCUCCCCUGCUUCUUUGAACCCGGGGCCACCGGGGCCAAAUAUCUGUGCUGGUACAAGCAGGUUGCAGGCGACAAACCCGAAAUGGUCACCUCGUUCUACGUCUACUUGCGCAAAUCACACAGCCCUCAGAAAACAGAGGUGGUGAGCAAUCGACUAACGGUUCACCACGGAGAAAACUUCUUCCAUCUAAACAUUUCCGAUGUGGAGCUCUCGGACACGGCUAUGUACUACUGUGGGCAGACAAAGCUCAGCGUCACGAGCUUUGACAAUGGAAUAUUUUUGGUCGUACGAGAGUCAAGCCGCCUAUCCAUCCUCCAGCGUCCAACAUCCAUCACGGCGACUCCAGGGGGUUCGGUUGACUUACAAUGUUCCAUGUAUCCCGGAACCAACAAUGGACAUCAAAGGGUCUACUGGUUCCGAGACACAAUGGGAGACUCCCGCUUGGGAAUGGUGUACGUCGACUUGGAGAACGGCAGCGAGUGUGCAAAGACGUCUGAGCGCCGUUGCGUCCACGUGCUGCCCAAGCAGGACGUCAGCCUCGCUGAUGCCGGGAUGUAUUACUGCGCUGUGGCCUCCUGUGGGGAGAUUGUGUUUGGCGAGGGGACCAGGCUGGAUGUUGGAGGUGGAGAGAACCACACCGUGUUGACGCACUGCCUGCUUGGAGCUCUGCUUGUGUCCGUCAUCUUCAAUAUCCUGUUGACAGUUUUUAUUUUCAAAAAGUCUCGAAGACAGCAGCGUCCACGUGGCGAAAUAACGACGCAACCAAGUAUCCUGGAAGACAAUGAGGACGAUGAGAGUGCUUUGCCAUACGUGGCUCUGAACUUCAAAAAGAGACAGUCGAACAACAGGAGACAGAGGAGCCCCGAGGACACCGUCUACGCUGGACUGAGACUCACACAUGUGGACUGAUAUCUGCUAAGUCAUUAUUAUCAUUAUAGGACAGCUAACAUUACUCACUUGCCGGCCCGGGUGGGUUUGCUCCACUGAGGAGCUCACAGGAGAAGCGAUUGCAUUCACUAAUUGACGUGUUUUCUUAUGUGCAUGAAUAUAUCGUGGCGUGAGCCAGCGUGCAAUUUUUUUUUCUAUUCAUUUCUACAUCCUUCUCAGUCCUGCCAUGAAAAAUGACAGAAAAAACAUUGGAAAUUACAACAAGGAGUCUAAUAAUAUUUACAUUUACAAUAAAAACUGCUGAUUUCUUUACA